AUACACAAAAGAAACUGCUAUAAGUCAUAAACAACUCCUUCUGAGAUCAGUUAUCAUCAUCACUAAGCACAAUAUUCCUCACUUUAUCUCUCUUUCUCAGAUUCUCUUCAUCAAUCAGAUUUCAGCAAUUUGAGUCGCACAUCCUUCAAAAAUGUUCGUGAAGAAGCUCGUCGAGAAGGCUUCCAUAAAGAAUCCUUCAUCAGAUGGGUUGAAAGCUAGUGAUAUAGAUCCACGCCUUGUAUUUCAUCAAGGGGUACCAUCGGAUGGUGCCAAGUUCGCCUAUGACACCACCCAGAAGAUACUGGCUCUUUCUACAAGGGAUGGCCGGAUCAAACUGUAUGGAAAAGAUAAUGCACAAGCCCUGCUUGAAUCUAGUGAGCCCCUGCCUAGCAAGUUUUUACAGUUCAUCCAGAACCAAGGCAUCCUUUUAAAUGUUACUUCCAAUAACCAAAUUGAGGUUUGGGAUAUAAACAAGAAAUUGUUGUGUGACAUGUACAUUCCUAAAGAUGAAAUCACUUGCAUUGCAGUCAUUCAACAUAGCCUCUACCUGUAUAUUGGACAUUCUAAUGGUAGCAUUUCAGUUUUGAAGCUCGACCAAGAACCAUGGCGUAUGGUUCAAAUGAAAUACACCAUACCCCUUUCCGCUUCCUAUGGAGAUUCUGAUGUGUCUGAUGACACUAUUGUGACACAAAUACUACCUCAACCAGCAGCUGAAAGUAAGAGGGUUCUCGUAAUAUUUAGAAAUGGCCAAAUAAUACUAUGGGAUAUUCAGGAAAGCAGAACUAUUUUCAGAACUGGUGGAAAUAAGUGGCAACCACAACACAAUGAAAUAAAGAAAGUGACUUCUGCAUGUUGGGCAUGUCCUUUUGGAAGUAAAGUAGUUGUUGGGUACAACAAUGGAGAGAUCUUCAUUUGGAGCAUUCCUUCUCUAAAUACAGGAAAUGGUUCUAUUUCUGAUAGUAAUAGUCAAAACACUCCUUUGCUGAAACUCAACUUAGGAUUUAAGGCAGACAAAAUUUCCAUAAGAUCACUGAAAUGGGUUUAUGCCGGAGGAAAGGCUAGUAGACUAUAUGUCAUGGGAGCUUCUGACUAUGCAAGUUCAAAGUUGUUGCAGGUUGUGUUGCUGAAUGAGCAUACAGAAUCUCGCACAAUUAAGUUGGGACUUCAUUUAUCUGAAUCUUGUAUUGACAUGGAGAUCAUAUCACCUUCAGCUUCAGCAGACCAAAGCAAGCAAAAACAGGAUCUUUUCCUUAUUCUUGGGAAGUCAGGCCAUUUACAUCUAUACGAUGAUAGCUUGAUUGAAAGGUAUCUGCUACAAUGCCAAUCUAAGUCUGCACCUUCAUUUCCGAAAGAAGUGAUUGUGAAGAUACCACUGGCAGAUUCGAGCAUCACAACGUCAAAAUUCAUCACCAACAAUCCCAAUAUGUUGCUGAACUCUGAAGAUGAGUAUUACAUGCAGCUGGUUAAAAAUCAUCCACUUUUUGCUCCUGUUGAAACAAAUCAAAAGGAUGGGAUGAGCAAAUUUACUGGAUUUUCAAAAGUUCAAAACUUGUACAUAACUGGACACAACAAUGGAGCCAUAAACUUCUGGGAUGCUUCAUGCCCCUUUUUCACCCCAAUUUUGCAACUAAAACAACAGAGCGAAAAUGACUUUUCAUUAAGUGGCAUACCCUUGACGGCAUUAUACUUUGAUAGCAACUCUCCUCUUCUUGUUUCUGGCGAUCAAAGUGGAACUGUUCGCAUCUUUAGAUUCAAACCUGAACCAUACGCCACAAACAGCUUCAUGUCUCUUACAGGAGGAACAAAGAAAGGGACGGAUCAUAUAAUUCAAAGUGUGAAGCUUGUAAAGGUUAACAGUGCCAUACUUUCUAUGAACAUAGAUCAUAGCUCAAUGCAUCUUGCAGUUGGUUCAGAUAAAGGAUAUGUUUCAGUUUUUAACCUGGAUGGCCCAACUUUGUUAUAUUCAAAACAUAUUGCAAGUGAAAUUUCGUCCGGCAUCAUCUCUCUGCAGUCCCUAACCUGCAGUUUGAAUGGGUUUGACAAAAACAUUUUAGCAGUUGUAACCAAAGAUUCAUCAGUUCUCGCACUUGAUAAUGAAACUGGUAACCCAUUGAGCACAGGAACUGUUCAUCCUAAGAAGCCCGCUAAAGCUCUAUUUAUGCAGGUGUUAGGUGGACAAGCUGAACCUAUCGCGAAAAAUGGAGUAGACUUGAGUGAAGGGAAUCAUAUUGAGGAUGCAACAACAAAGCAAUUGUACAUUCUGCUUUGUUCAGAGAAAGCUUUAUAUGUCUAUUCAUUAACACAUGCUGUUCAGGGGGUGAAAAAGGUCCUUUACAAGAAGAAGUUUAAUUCCUCUUCCUGUUGCUGGGCAUCAACGUUUUACAGCCCCUCUGAUAUUGGCCUUUUACUCCUUUUCACUAGCGGAAAAAUAGAAUUAAGGUCUUUGCCAGACUUAUCCCUUGUUGUAGACACUUCAAUUAGAGGUUUCACUUAUUCACCUCCAAAAUCGAAGUUGUCUUCUGACAGCCAAAUAUGUUGUUCAUCCAGAGGAGAUCUUGUUUUGGUGAAUGGUGACCAAGAAAUUUCCGUUGUCUCACUGCUGGUCCAAAGGAAUAUUUUCAGGAUUUUGGAUUCUGUUAGCUGCAUCUAUAGUAAAGAAAUGAUGCUGUCACAAGAAGAGCUUGUCCCUGGCCCAGUCAUCCAUAAGGAAAAGAAAAAGGGUAUAUUCAGCUCUGUUAUCAAAGAUUUUACUGGCAGUAAAGAAAAGCAGGUGCCCCUCAUAGAAACAGAAGACUCUAAAGAAAGUAUCCAAGAACUCGGUGUGAUCUUUUCAAAUGAAAAUUUUCCUAGUGAUGCUGAUAAUAAUGAUAACCAGACUGUUGAUAAAGAUGAGCUUGAACUGAACAUAGAUGACAUUGACAUCGCCGAUUAUGAGGAAAAACCUAAAGAACAAAGGAUAUUGGGUGGUCUCAACAAGAAGAAACUGGCUGGAAAAUUUCAGGCUCUAAAAGGAAAAUUUAAAGAGAUGAAGGGAAACAUCCAGAAAACAGCAGGUAAGGAGGAGCCGCAAGAUGAACAAGCAGGUUCAGUCGAUGAAAUUAAGAAGAAAUAUGGUUUUUCGUCUUCCUCCAAUGAAACAAGUGCUGCUAAAUUGGCAGAAAGCAAGCUGCAGGAGAACUUGCAAAAAUUACAGGGUAUCAACCUUCGAACAACAGAAAUGCAAGAUAAAGCAAAAUCAUUUUCAUCAUUGGCAAACCAAGUGCUCCGAACAGCUGAACAUCAACAAGAUAGACGAAGUUCAUAACAUAGAUAGGUUGUAAAGUGUUUUUCAUUUUUUUGUAAGAAGUGCAAUUUUUUUAAUAUUUUGUAUUUAAGGUUAUUCUGUAUUUUACAUUUUAUUAUACACAGAUGUUACCCAUUGUUUUAGUUUGGGAUUGAUAUUGAGAGCUCUUAUCUUAUGUUGGAUCAAGUAUUACAGGAUAUUUCCAAUCUUACUAUUGUUUCUCCUCGUCACAGAAAAA